GUUUGUCCCAUCCCAGCCUUGAUCUCAGCAGCACAGUUCCUCUGGUUUGCAGCCGGGAGAGUGUCUGUCUCUUUCUGUCUCUGACAUUUCCUCCCUUCACUCAGGACCCUCUCUCUGCUCAUCUCUUAUCAGUGACCUUAUCACAGCUUUGCUCAGCCACCUUCCUCUGGGAGCUGCUGGAAAAGCCAGCAAAGGGGAAUUCUCCAGGAGGAUAAUGACCAAAAGUCCAGCUUGCAGUCAUUUUAUAUAACUGAUUUUCAUUUUUCUUCAAAAACAAAUACAGUGGAGUACAGCUUCAGCUCAGGGCGUCCCCUUUGCUGUUUAGGUGCUAGAAGAUGAGGGGGCAUCAGGUGGUCCCGCUCUGUGUCCUCCUGGGCGUCCUGUUUGCAGGACUCCUCCCCAACCUUGAGGCUCAGGAAGCACAAGAUUCAGCUGACCUAAUACUCUUAAUUGAUGGAUCAGAGAACGUUGGAGCAGCAAACUUCCCCUAUGUGCGUGAUUUGGCUUUGAGAAUCAUUGAGCGCCUCGAUGUGGGCAGGGACACUAUUCGGGUUGCUUUGGUCCUGUACAGCGUCAACCCAGAUAUAAAGUUCUAUCUAAAUAGUUAUGACAGCAAGUCAUCAGUCGUGGAAGCGGUGAAGGGCCUUGCCUACUCAGGGGGUGAUGAGUCUAACUUGGGGGCCGCCCUGGAGGAAGUGGCCGAGAGCCUUUUGAGCCAAUCAGCUGGGGGCAGGGCAGACGAGAGUGUGCCCCAGAUGUUGAUCGUUAUCAGUGCUGGGCCAUCCACAGAUGAUACUGGUGCCGGGGACCGGGCCCUUAAGAGGGCCGGUGUUAUCACAUUCGGCGCUUCGGUUGGGGACACGGCUUCUGCUGAUCUGGAAACAGUUGCUACAGAUAACAGUUUUGUCCUGUCAGCUCCUGAUUUCAGAGCAGUGGCCAGCAUGGGUGACCAGCUGCUCCCGUACAUUAACGGGGUGGUCCAGCGCACCAUUAUAGUUCAGAAUGAGUUCACAGAAGUUGUGACAGUUGGAAAAAGAGACAUCAUUUUCCUAAUCGAUAGUACAAUGGGUGCAACGAUCAUCAAUUCUGUGCGUGAAUUCAUCAAGCGGUUUGUGGAAAUCAUGCCGAUUGGUCCAGACCAAGUUCAAGUGGGCGUGGCCCAGUUCGGCAAUGCCCCUCGACUUGAGAUGGAUCUCAACUCCUAUGGAUCCAGGGAGGAAUUAACUGCGGCUUUGAGCUCUAUCAAACCAAGACCUGGACAGACCGUUAACAUUGGAGCAGCCUUGGACUUUGUGCGGACAAAUAUGCUGCGGCCUGAGAAGGGCAGUCGUAUUAACCAGGGGAUACCCCAGGUUUUACUGCUGAUGACCAGUAAAAAGUCCAGUGACAGUGUGGAAGCACCAGCUUUGGCCCUGCAGAGACUGGGCGUGUUGACUCUAGCUGCAGGCUCCAAAACGGCUGAGGAGCCGGAGCUGCGGCAGAUAGCCUUUGCUGACAGCGUUGCAUUCUAUAUGAGGGACUUCCGGCAAUUGAUUCGCAACCCAAAGGCCAUAAUUAAUGCGCUCUCCACUCUAGCUGGGGUGGUGGUGACUGAACAACCCACUGAGCCAGUGGUGGAGAUAACAACAGUGCACACUCAAAAAGUGGUCAGAGACAUUGUCUUCCUUGUGGAUGGCUCAACCUACAUUGGCAGCAGUAACUUUCCUUUCAUGAGAGACUUCAUUAUCAACGUGGUCAACCAGCUGGAUGUAGGUCCUGAAAGAGUCCAGAUUGGUCUCCUGCAGUUUGCUGACCGUCCGAAAACUGAAUUUUAUCUGAACAGUCACAGCAACAGGCAAGAUGUUGUGGAUAAAAUCUCUCAACUCAGACUCUCCGGAGGCUCAGUUCUGAAUACAGGAGCUGCUAUGGAUUAUGCCCUUGAAAACAUGUUCAGGGUAUCAACUGGCUCACGCAGGAGGCAGGGAGUCCAGCAGGUGUUGGUUCUGAUCACCGGUGGUCCAGCCCAGGAUCAGGUCAAAUCUGUAGCCGAUAAAUUGGCUUUGGCUGGUGUUUUGACCUUCACAGUCAGCUCUGGGCAAGCAGAUGAAGCGCUAAUGAGGAAUGUUGCCUUUGUUCCAGAUUUGGCUUACCAUGAAGCAAGCUUCUCUAGUUUACCAGCUCUAGCUGAAGUAAUCAUGUCAAAGUUGAUAACAGUGGUUGGUGAUACAGAUACAGUGACAUCCGUAUUCCCUGAUGAACCUGCUGCUGGAGGGGAAAGGGAUGUUGCCUUUCUCAUUGAUGGCACAGAAAGUGUUCGUGGAGAUUUUGAAUACAUCAGGGAUUUUAUCAUUAAAGUCAUUGAACCACUUGACAUCGGGAUUGACAAAGUGCGAGUGUCAGUAGUUCAACACAGUGAGAGGCCAACACCAACUUUCUACCUUAACACGUAUCAAACCAAAGAUGAGGUAAUGAGAGCUGUCAAUGGAAUGACUCUGAUUGGUGGACGAGCCUUAAACACAGGAACUGCCCUUAGAUUCAUGAAGGAUACCAUCUUGUCUGAAAGGCAUGGUAGCCGUUCCUUACAAAAUGUCCCUCAGUUUCUCAUCGUUUUGACUGGAGGCAGAUCUAGGGACAAUGUGAAGGAUCCUGCAGGAGCGCUGAAAACAGACGGGGUCGUACCAUUUGGUGUUGGUGUCAGAGAUGCAGACCCGAGGCAGAUUGCGGCCAUUUCGCACAACCCUUCCUUUGCCUUCAAUUUGAGGGAAUUCAGUGAGCUUAGCACUGUACCACAAAAGCUCAACAACUACGUGAGCCUUCCAAGGGAACAGCUGACCCUGGUUCUACAGCAAGUGCAAAGCAAUGCUGCAAAAAGAGAUAUUGUGUUCCUACUGGAUGGCUCUGAUAACACAAGAAAUGGAUUCCCAGAGAUAAAGCUCUUUGUUAAGAGCAUAGUGGAGAGCCUCUCUGUCAGCAGCAAUAAGAGGGACUUAGUGUUUCUCCUUGAUGGGUCAGAUGAGUCCAGAAAUGGCCUGCCAGCUAUUCGUGAGUUCAUCAGAAGAAUGAUGCAAGACCUGGAAAUUGCUGAAGAUAAGAUUCGGGUGUCGGUCCGAAGAUUCCCAGAUAUCAAAGAUUUUGUGCAGAGAAUAGUGGCGGACCUGAAUAUUGAUGCAAACAGAGAUCGUGUGGCUGUGCUCCAGUACAGUAACGUGGCAGAGAUUGAUUUUGACUUGAGACGUUACUCAACACAGGAUGAUGUUCUUGAUGCAACAAACCUAAACAUCUCUCAAAUUCUAUGUUCCCUAGUGGAGAGACAACAACCAGGAAGAGAUGUUGUGUUCUUGUUGGAUGGAACUGAUAGUACAAGAAGUGGAUUCCCAGCCAUGCGAGACUUUGUCCAAAGAGUAGUAGAGAAACUCAGUGUGGACAACAACAAAGACCGUGUCUCAGUGGUGCAGUACAGCAGAGAUCCAGCUGUCAAUUUCUAUCUGAACACAUACACGACAAAAGGAGAAAUCCUUGACACAGUCAGAGGUUUGAAACACAAAGGUGGAAGACCCCUCAACACUGGAGCAGCUCUCCAGUACUUGAGGGAUAAUGUCUUUACAGCCUCUGCUGGAAGCAGGCGCCUAGAAGGAGUUCCACAGAUCCUGUUAUUGCUAAGUGGCGGAAAGUCUUUUGACAGUGUUGAUGCACCAGCCUCUGAUCUCAAACAGCUGGGUGUCUUGACCUUCGCGAUUGGAACCAGGAGCUCUGAUAGCAGAGAACUGGAAAAGAUAUCCCACGGUCCCAAUUUUGUUCUAUCUGUGUCUGAUUUCAAUGACCUUCCCAGUAUCCAACAGCAACUUCAGUCCUCGGUGGAGGCUGUGGUUAUAGACGUCACCCCACAAACCCCAACUGUACUUGUUGACACUGCCAAAAAGGACAUUGUGUUCCUUCUGGAUGGCUCUGAUAGCACAAGGAAUGGCUUCCCUGCCAUGCGUGAUUUUGUUGAGAGGGUGGUGGAGAAACUCAAUGUGGGAGAGAACAGAGACCGUGUCUCUGUAGUACAGUACAGCAAAGAUGCAGAGGUCCAUUUCUACUUGAAAACAUACAGCACAAAAGAGGAUAUUGUUGAUUCGGUUAGAGGGUUGAGACACAAAGGAGGCAGACCCCUCAACACCGGGGCUGCCCUCCAAUACGUCAGAGAAUAUGUCUUUACAAACUCCUCCGGGAGUAGGCGCCUGCAGGGUGUUCCACAGAUGUUGAUCCUGCUAAAUGGUGGAAGGUCUUUUGACAAUGUAGACACCCCAGCCUCUGCUCUCAAACAGCAGGGCAUCAUUGUGCUUGGUAUUGGAACAAGGAACUCUGACAGUGGAGAGCUGAGGAAGAUAUCAUAUGACCCUAGUUACGCUCUAUCAGUGUCUGAGUUUACUGACCUCCCCAGUGUCCAAGAACAGCUCUCCUCUGUGAUGAGCACAGUGCUAGUGAGAGCUACGCCGGUAACACCAACAGAAACUGUGGAGAGACAACAACCAGGAAGAGAUGUUGUGUUCUUGUUGGAUGGAACUGAUAGUACAAGAAGUGGAUUCCCAGCCAUGCAAGACUUUGUCCAAAGAGUAGUAGAGAAACUCAGUGUGGACGACAACAAAGACCGUGUCUCAGUGGUGCAGUACAGCAGAGAUCCAGCUGUCAAUUUCUAUCUGAACACAUACACGACAAAAGGAGAAAUCCUUGACACAGUCAGAGGUUUGAAACACAAAGGUGGAAGACCCCUCAACACUGGAGCAGCUCUCCAGUACUUGAGGGAUAAUGUCUUUACAGCCUCUGCUGGAAGCAGGCGCCUAGAAGGAGUUCCACAGAUCCUGUUAUUGCUAAGUGGCGGAAAGUCUUUUGACAGUGUUGAUGCACCAGCCUCUGAUCUCAAACAGCUGGGUGUCUUGACCUUCGCGAUUGGAACCAGGAGCUCUGAUAGCAGAGAACUGGAAAAGAUAUCCCACGGUCCCAAUUUUGUUCUAUCUGUGUCUGAUUUCAAUGACCUUCCCAGUAUCCAACAGCAACUUCAGUCCUCAGUGGAGGCUGUGGUUAUAGACGUCACCCCACAAACCCCAACUGUACUUGUUGACACUGCCAAAAAGGACAUUGUGUUCCUUCUGGAUGGCUCUGAUAGCACAAGGAAUGGCUUCCCUGCCAUGCGUGAUUUUGUUGAGAGGGUGGUGGAGAAACUCAAUGUGGGAGAGAACAGAGACCGUGUCUCUGUAGUACAGUACAGCAAAGAUGCAGAGGUCCAUUUCUACUUGAAAACAUACAGCACAAAAGAGGAUAUUGUUGAUUCGGUUAGAGGGUUGAGACACAAAGGAGGCAGACCCCUCAACACCGGGGCUGCCCUCCAAUACGUCAGAGAAUAUGUCUUUACAAACUCCUCCGGGAGUAGGCGCCUGCAGGGUGUUCCACAGAUGUUGAUCCUGCUAAAUGGUGGAAGGUCUUUUGACAAUGUAGACACCCCAGCCUCUGCUCUCAAACAGCAGGGCAUCAUUGUGCUUGGUAUUGGAACAAGGAACUCUGACAGUGGAGAGCUGAGGAAGAUAUCAUAUGACCCUAGUUACGCUCUAUCAGUGUCUGAGUUUACUGACCUCCCCAGUGUCCAAGAACAGCUCUCCUCUGUGAUGAGCACAGUGCUAGUGAGAGCUACGCCGGUAACACCAACAGAAACUGUGGAGAGACAACAACCAGGAAGAGAUGUUGUGUUCUUGUUGGAUGGAACUGAUAGUACAAGAAGUGGAUUCCCAGCCAUGCAAGACUUUGUCCAAAGAGUAGUAGAGAAACUCAGUGUGGACGACAACAAAGACCGUGUCUCAGUGGUGCAGUACAGCAGAGAUCCAGCUGUCAAUUUCUAUCUGAACACAUACACGACAAAAGGAGAAAUCCUUGACACAGUCAGAGGUUUGAAACACAAAGGUGGAAGACCCCUCAACACUGGAGCAGCUCUCCAGUACUUGAGGGAUAAUGUCUUUACAGCCUCUGCUGGAAGCAGGCGCCUAGAAGGAGUUCCACAGAUCCUGUUAUUGCUAAGUGGCGGAAAGUCUUUUGACAGUGUUGAUGCACCAGCCUCUGAUCUCAAACAGCUGGGUGUCUUGACCUUCGCGAUUGGAACCAGGAGCUCUGAUAGCAGAGAACUGGAAAAGAUAUCCCACGGUCCCAAUUUUGUUCUAUCUGUGUCUGAUUUCAAUGACCUUCCCAGUAUCCAACAGCAACUUCAGUCCUCAGUGGAGGCUGUGGUUAUAGACGUCACCCCACAAACCCCAACUGUACUUGUUGACACUGCCAAAAAGGACAUUGUGUUCCUUCUAGAUGGCUCUAAUAGCACAAGGAAUGGCUUCCCUGCCAUGCGUGAUUUUGUUGAGAGGGUGGUGGAGAAACUCAAUGUGGGAGAGAACAGAGACCGUGUCUCUGUAGUACAGUACAGCAAAGAUGCAGAGGUCCAUUUCUACUUGAAAACAUACAGCACAAAAGAGGAUAUUGUCGAUUCGGUUAGAGGGUUGAGACACAAAGGAGGCAGACCCCUCAACACCGGGGCUGCCCUCCAAUACGUCAGAGAAUAUGUCUUUACAAACUCCUCCGGGAGUAGGCGCCUGCAGGGUGUUCCACAGAUGUUGAUCCUGCUAAAUGGUGGAAGGUCUUUUGACAAUGUAGACACCCCAGCCUCUGCUCUCAAACAGCAGGGCAUCAUUGUGCUUGGUAUUGGAACAAGGAACUCUGACAGUGGAGAGCUGAGGAAGAUAUCAUAUGACCCUAGUUACGCUCUAUCAGUGUCUGAGUUUACUGACCUCCCCAGUGUCCAAGAACAGCUCUCCUCUGUGAUGAGCACAGUGCUAGUGAGAGCUACGCCGGUAACACCAACAGAAACUGUGGAGAGACAACAACCAGGAAGAGAUGUUGUGUUCUUGUUGGAUGGAACUGAUAGUACAAGAAGUGGAUUCCCAGCCAUGCAAGACUUUGUCCAAAGAGUAGUAGAGAAACUCAGUGUGGACGACAACAAAGACCGUGUCUCAGUGGUGCAGUACAGCAGAGAUCCAGCUGUCAAUUUCUAUCUGAACACAUACACGACAAAAGGAGAAAUCCUUGACACAGUCAGAGGUUUGAAACACAAAGGUGGAAGACCCCUCAACACUGGAGCAGCUCUCCAGUACUUGAGGGAUAAUGUCUUUACAGCCUCUGCAGGAAGCAGGCACCUAGAAGGAGUUCCACAGAUCCUGUUAUUGCUAAGUGGCGGAAAGUCUUUUGACAGUGUUGAUGCACCAGCCUCUGAUCUCAAACAGCUGGGUGUCUUGACCUUCGCGAUUGGAACCAGGAGCUCUGAUAGCAGAGAACUGGAAAAGAUAUCCCACGGUCCCAAUUUUGUUCUAUCUGUGUCUGAUUUCAAUGACCUUCCCAGUAUCCAACAGCAACUUCAGUCCUCGGUGGAGGCUGUGGUUAUAGACGUCACCCCACAAACCCCAACUGUACUUGUUGACACUGCCAAAAAGGACAUUGUGUUCCUUCUGGAUGGCUCUGAUAGCACAAGGAAUGGCUUCCCUGCCAUGCGUGAUUUUGUUGAGAGGGUGGUGGAGAAACUCAAUGUGGGAGAGAACAGAGACCGUGUCUCUGUAGUACAGUACAGCAAAGAUGCAGAGGUCCAUUUCUACUUGAAAACAUACAGCACAAAAGAGGAUAUUGUCGAUUCGGUUAGAGGGUUGAGACACAAAGGAGGCAGACCCCUCAACACCGGGGCUGCCCUCCAAUACGUCAGAGAAUAUGUCUUUACAAACUCCUCCGGGAGUAGGCGCCUGCAGGGUGUUCCACAGAUGUUGAUCCUGCUAAAUGGUGGAAGGUCUUUUGACAAUGUAGACACCCCAGCCUCUGCUCUCAAACAGCAGGGCAUCAUUGUGCUUGGUAUUGGAACAAGGAACUCUGACAGUGGAGAGCUGAGGAAGAUAUCAUAUGACCCUAGUUACGCUCUAUCAGUGUCUGAGUUUACUGACCUCCCCAGUGUCCAAGAACAGCUCUCCUCUGUGAUGAGCACAGUGCUAGUGAGAGCUACGCCGGUAACACCAACAGAAACUGUGGAGAGACAACAACCAGGAAGAGAUGUUGUGUUCUUGUUGGAUGGAACUGAUAGUACAAGAAGUGGAUUCCCAGCCAUGCAAGACUUUGUCCAAAGAGUAGUAGAGAAACUCAGUGUGGACGACAACAAAGACCGUGUCUCAGUGGUGCAGUACAGCAGCGAUCCAGCUGUCAAUUUCUAUCUGAACACAUACACGACAAAAGGAGAAAUCCUUGACACACCUCUGCAUGGAAGCAGGCACCUAGAAGGAGUUCCACAGAUCCUGUUAUUGCUAAGUGGCGGAAAGUCUUUUGACAGUGUUGAUGCACCAGCCUCUGAUCUCAAACAGCUGGGUGUCUUGACCUUCGCGAUUGGAACCAGGAGCUCUGAUAGCAGAGAACUGGAAAAGAUAUCCCACGGUCCCAAUUUUGUUCUAUCUGUGUCUGAUUUCAAUGACCUUCCCAGUAUCCAACAGCAACUUCAGUCCUCAGUGGAGGCUGUGGUUAUAGACGUCACCCCACAAACCCCAACUGUACUUGUUGACACUGCCAAAAAGGACAUUGUGUUCCUUCUGGAUGGCUCUGAUAGCACAAGGAAUGGCUUCCCUGCCAUGCGUGAUUUUGUUGAGAGGGUGGUGGAGAAACUCAAUGUGGGAGAGAACAGAGACCGUGUCUCUGUAGUACAGUACAGCAAAGAUGCAGAGGUCCAUUUCUACUUGAAAACAUACAGCACAAAAGAGGAUAUUGUCGAUUCGGUUAGAGGGUUGAGACACAAAGGAGGCAGACCCCUCAACACCGGGGCUGCCCUCCAAUACGUCAGAGAAUAUGUCUUUACAAACUCCUCCGGGAGUAGGCGCCUGCAGGGUGUUCCACAGAUGUUGAUCCUGCUAAAUGGUGGAAGGUCUUUUGACAAUGUAGACACCCCAGCCUCUGCUCUCAAACAGCAGGGCAUCAUUGUGCUUGGUAUUGGAACAAGGAACUCUGACAGUGGAGAGCUGAGGAAGAUAUCAUAUGACCCUAGUUACGCUCUAUCAGUGUCUGAGUUUACUGACCUCCCCAGUGUCCAAGAACAGCUCUCCUCUGUGAUGAGCACAGUGCUAGUGAGAGCUACGCCGGUAACACCAACAGAAACUGUGGAGAGACAACAACCAGGAAGAGAUGUUGUGUUCUUGUUGGAUGGAACUGAUAGUACAAGAAGUGGAUUCCCAGCCAUGCAAGACUUUGUCCAAAGAGUAGUAGAGAAACUCAGUGUGGACGACAACAAAGACCGUGUCUCAGUGGUGCAGUACAGCAGCGAUCCAGCUGUCAAUUUCUAUCUGAACACAUACACGACAAAAGGAGAAAUCCUUGACACAGUCAGAGGUUUGAAACACAAAGGUGGAAGACCCCUCAACACUGGAGCAGCUCUCCAGUACUUGAGGGAUAAUGUCUUUACAGCCUCUGCUGGAAGCAGGCGCCUAGAAGGAGUUCCACAGAUCCUGUUAUUGCUAAGUGGCGGAAAGUCUUUUGACAGUGUUGAUGCACCAGCCUCUGAUCUCAAACAGCUGGGUGUCUUGACCUUCGCAAUUGGAACCAGGAGCUCUGAUAGCAGAGAACUGGAAAAGAUAUCCCACGGUCCCAAUUUUGUUCUAUCUGUGUCUGAUUUCAAUGACCUUCCCAGUAUCCAACAGCAACUUCAGUCCUCAGUGGAGGCUGUGGUUAUAGACGUCACCCCACAAACCCCAACUGUACUUGUUGACACUGCCAAAAAGGACAUUGUGUUCCUUCUGGAUGGCUCUGAUAGCACAAGGAAUGGCUUCCCUGCCAUGCGUGAUUUUGUUGAGAGGGUGGUGGAGAAACUCAAUGUGGGAGAGAACAGAGACCGUGUCUCUGUAGUACAGUACAGCAAAGAUGCAGAGGUCCAUUUCUACUUGAAAACAUACAGCACAAAAGAGGAUAUUGUUGAUUCGGUUAGAGGGUUGAGACACAAAGGAGGCAGACCCCUCAACACCGGGGCUGCCCUCCAAUACGUCAGAGAAUAUGUCUUUACAAACUCCUCCGGGAGUAGGCGCCUGCAGGGUGUUCCACAGAUGUUGAUCCUGCUAAAUGGUGGAAGGUCUUUUGACAAUGUAGACACCCCAGCCUCUGCUCUCAAACAGCAGGGCAUCAUUGUGCUUGGUAUUGGAACAAGGAACUCUGACAGUGGAGAGCUGAGGAAGAUAUCAUAUGACCCUAGUUACGCUCUAUCAGUGUCUGAGUUUACUGACCUCCCCAGUGUCCAAGAACAGCUCUCCUCUGUGAUGAGCACAGUGCUAGUGAGAGCUACGCCGGUAACACCAACAGAAACUGUGGAGAGACAACAACCAGGAAGAGAUGUUGUGUUCUUGUUGGAUGGAACUGAUAGUACAAGAAGUGGAUUCCCAGCCAUGCAAGACUUUGUCCAAAGAGUAGUAGAGAAACUCAGUGUGGACGACAACAAAGACCGUGUCUCAGUGGUGCAGUACAGCAGAGAUCCAGCUGUCAAUUUCUAUCUGAACACAUACACGACAAAAGGAGAAAUCCUUGACACAGUCAGAGGUUUGAAACACAAAGGUGGAAGACCCCUCAACACUGGAGCAGCUCUCCAGUACUUGAGGGAUAAUGUCUUUACAGCCUCUGCUGGAAGCAGGCGCCUAGAAGGAGUUCCACAGAUCCUGUUAUUGCUAAGUGGCGGAAAGUCUUUUGACAGUGUUGAUGCACCAGCCUCUGAUCUCAAACAGCUGGGUGUCUUGACCUUCGCGAUUGGAACCAGGAGCUCUGAUAGCAGAGAACUGGAAAAGAUAUCCCACGGUCCCAAUUUUGUUCUAUCUGUGUCUGAUUUCAAUGACCUUCCCAGUAUCCAACAGCAACUUCAGUCCUCGGUGGAGGCUGUGGUUAUAGACGUCACCCCACAAACCCCAACUGUACUUGUUGACACUGCCAAAAAGGACAUUGUGUUCCUUCUGGAUGGCUCUGAUAGCACAAGGAAUGGCUUCCCUGCCAUGCGUGAUUUUGUUGAGAGGGUGGUGGAGAAACUCAAUGUGGGAGAGAACAGAGACCGUGUCUCUGUAGUACAGUACAGCAAAGAUGCAGAGGUCCAUUUCUACUUGAAAACAUACAGCACAAAAGAGGAUAUUGUCGAUUCGGUUAGAGGGUUGAGACACAAAGGAGGCAGACCCCUCAACACCGGGGCUGCCCUCCAAUACGUCAGAGAAUAUGUCUUUACAAACUCCUCCGGGAGUAGGCGCCUGCAGGGUGUUCCACAGAUGUUGAUCCUGCUAAAUGGUGGAAGGUCUUUUGACAAUGUAGACACCCCAGCCUCUGCUCUCAAACAGCAGGGCAUCAUUGUGCUUGGUAUUGGAACAAGGAACUCUGACAGUGGAGAGCUGAGGAAGAUAUCAUAUGACCCUAGUUACGCUCUAUCAGUGUCUGAGUUUACUGACCUCCCCAGUGUCCAAGAACAGCUCUCCUCUGUGAUGAGCACAGUGCUAGUUAGAGCUACGCCGGUAACACCAACAGAAACUGUGGAGAGACAACAACCAGGAAGAGAUGUUGUGUUCUUGUUGGAUGGAACUGAUAGUACAAGAAGUGGAUUCCCAGCCAUGCGAGACUUUGUCCAAAGAGUAGUAGAGAAACUCAGUGUGGACGACAACAAAGACCGUGUCUCAGUGGUGCAGUACAGCAGAGAUCCAGCUGUCAAUUUCUAUCUGAACACAUACACGACAAAAGGAGAAAUCCUUGACACAGUCAGAGGUUUGAAACACAAAGGUGGAAGACCCCUCAACACUGGAGCAGCUCUCCAGUACUUGAGGGAUAAUGUCUUUACAGCCUCUGCUGGAAGCAGGCGCCUAGAAGGAGUUCCACAGAUCCUGUUAUUGCUAAGUGGCGGAAAGUCUUUUGACAGUGUUGAUGCACCAGCCUCUGAUCUCAAACAGCUGGGUGUCUUGACCUUCGCGAUUGGAACCAGGAGCUCUGAUAGCAGAGAACUGGAAAAGAUAUCCCACGGUCCCAAUUUUGUUCUAUCUGUGUCUGAUUUCAAUGACCUUCCCAGUAUCCAACAGCAACUUCAGUCCUCGGUGGAGGCUGUGGUUAUAGACGUCACCCCACAAACCCCAACUGUACUUGUUGACACUGCCAAAAAGGACAUUGUGUUCCUUCUGGAUGGCUCUGAUAGCACAAGGAAUGGCUUCCCUGCCAUGCGUGAUUUUGUUGAGAGGGUGGUGGAGAAACUCAAUGUGGGAGAGAACAGAGACCGUGUCUCUGUAGUACAGUACAGCAAAGAUGCAGAGCAGGGCAUCAUUGUGCUUGGUAUUGGAACAAGGAACUCUGACAGUGGAGAGCUGAGGAAGAUAUCAUAUGACCCUAGUUACGCUCUAUCAGUGUCUGAGUUUACUGACCUCCCCAGUGUCCAAGAACAGCUCUCCUCUGUGAUGAGCACAGUGCUAGUUAGAGCUACGCCGGUAACACCAACAGAAACUGUGGAGAGACAACAACCAGGAAGAGAUGUUGUGUUCUUGUUGGAUGGAACUGAUAGUACAAGAAGUGGAUUCCCAGCCAUGCGAGACUUUGUCCAAAGAGUAGUAGAGAAACUCAGUGUGGACGACAACAAAGACCGUGUCUCAGUGGUGCAGUACAGCAGAGAUCCAGCUGUCAAUUUCUAUCUGAACACAUACACGACAAAAGGAGAAAUCCUUGACACAGUCAGAGUAUCCAACAGCAACUUCAGUCCUCAGGUGGAGGCUGUGGUUAUAGACGUCACCCCACAAACCCCAACUGUACUUGUUGACACUGCCAAAAAGGACAUUGUGUUCCUUCUGGAUGGCUCUGAUAGCACAAGGAAUGGCUUCCCUGCCAUGCGUGAUUUUGUUGAGAGGGUGGUGGAGAAACUCAAUGUGGGAGAGAACAGAGACCGUGUCUCUGUAGUACAGUACAGCAAAGAUGCAGAGGUCCAUUUCUACUUGAAAACAUACAGCACAAAAGAGGAUAUUGUUGAUUCGGUUAGAGGGUUGAGACACAAAGGAGGCAGACCCCUCAACACCGGGGCUGCCCUCCAAUACGUCAGAGAAUAUGUCUUUACAAACUCCUCCGGGAGUAGGCGCCUGCAGGGUGUUCCACAGAUGUUGAUCCUGCUAAAUGGUGGAAGGUCUUUUGACAAUGUAGACACCCCAGCCUCUGCUCUCAAACAGCAGGGCAUCAUUGUGCUUGGUAUUGGAACAAGGAACUCUGACAGUGGAGAGCUGAGGAAGAUAUCAUAUGACCCUAGUUACGCUCUAUCAGUGUCUGAGUUUACUGACCUCCCCAGUGUCCAAGAACAGCUCUCCUCUGUGAUGAGCACAGUGCUAGUGAGAGCUACGCCGGUAACACCAACAGAAACUGUGGAGAGACAACAACCAGGAAGAGAUGUUGUGUUCUUGUUGGAUGGAACUGAUAGUACAAGAAGUGGAUUCCCAGCCAUGCGAGACUUUGUCCAAAGAGUAGUAGAGAAACUCAGUGUGGACGACAACAAAGACCGUGUCUCAGUGGUGCAGUACAGCAGAGAUCCAGCUGUCAAUUUCUAUCUGAACACAUACACGACAAAAGGAGAAAUCCUUGACACAGUCAGAGGUUUGAAACACAAAGGUGGAAGACCCCUCAACACUGGAGCAGCUCUCCAGUACUUGAGGGAUAAUGUCUUUACAGCCUCUGCUGGAAGCAGGCACCUAGAAGGAGUUCCACAGAUCCUGUUAUUGCUAAGUGGCGGAAAGUCUUUUGACAGUGUUGAUGCACCAGCCUCUGAUCUCAAACAGCUGGGUGUCUUGACCUUCGCGAUUGGAACCAGGAGCUCUGAUAGCAGAGAACUGGAAAAGAUAUCCCACGGUCCCAAUUUUGUUCUAUCUGUGUCUGAUUUCAAUGACCUUCCCAGUAUCCAACAGCAACUUCAGUCCUCGGUGGAGGCUGUGGUUAUAGACGUCACCCCACAAACCCCAACUGUACUUGUUGACACUGCCAAAAAGGACAUUGUGUUCCUUCUGGAUGGCUCUGAUAGCACAAGGAAUGGCUUCCCUGCCAUGCGUGAUUUUGUUGAGAGGGUGGUGGAGAAACUCAAUGUGGGAGAGAACAGAGACCGUGUCUCUGUAGUACAGUACAGCAAAGAUGCAGAGGUCCAUUUCUACUUGAAAACAUACAGCACAAAAGAGGAUAUUGUUGAUUCGGUUAGAGGGUUGAGACACAAAGGAGGCAGACCCCUCAACACCGGGGCUGCCCUCCAAUACGUCAGAGAAUAUGUCUUUACAAACUCCUCCGGGAGUAGGCGCCUGCAGGGUGUUCCACAGAUGUUGAUCCUGCUAAAUGGUGGAAGGUCUUUUGACAAUGUAGACACCCCAGCCUCUGCUCUCAAACAGCAGGGCAUCAUUGUGCUUGGUAUUGGAACAAGGAACUCUGACAGUGGACAGCUGAGGAAGAUAUCAUAUGACCCUAGUUACGCUCUAUCAGUGUCUGAGUUUACUGACCUCCCCAGUGUCCAAGAACAGCUCUCCUCUGUGAUGAGCACAGUGCUAGUGAGAGCUACGCCGGUAACACCAACAGAAACUGUGGAGAGACAACAACCAGGAAGAGAUGUUGUGUUCUUGUUGGAUGGAACUGAUAGUACAAGAAGUGGAUUCCCAGCCAUGCAAGACUUUGUCCAAAGAGUAGUAGAGAAACUCAGUGUGGACGACAACAAAGACCGUGUCUCAGUGGUGCAGUACAGCAGAGAUCCAGCUGUCAAUUUCUAUCUGAACACAUACACGACAAAAGGAGAAAUCCUUGACACAGUCAGAGGUUUGAAACACAAAGGUGGAAGACCCCUCAACACUGGAGCAGCUCUCCAGUACUUGAGGGAUAAUGUCUUUACAGCCUCUGCUGGAAGCAGGCACCUAGAAGGAGUUCCACAGAUCCUGUUAUUGCUAAGUGGCGGAAAGUCUUUUGACAGUGUUGAUGCACCAGCCUCUGAUCUCAAACAGCUGGGUGUCUUGACCUUCGCGAUUGGAACCAGGAGCUCUGAUAGCAGAGAACUGGAAAAGAUAUCCCACGGUCCCAAUUUUGUUCUAUCUGUGUCUGAUUUCAAUGACCUUCCCAGUAUCCAACAGCAACUUCAGUCCUCGGUGGAGGCUGUGGUUAUAGACGUCACCCCACAAACCCCAACUGUACUUGUUGACACUGCCAAAAAGGACAUUGUGUUCCUUCUGGAUGGCUCUGAUAGCACAAGGAAUGGCUUCCCUGCCAUGCGUGAUUUUGUUGAGAGGGUGGUGGAGAAACUCAAUGUGGGAGAGAACAGAGACCGUGUCUCUGUAGUACAGUACAGCAAAGAUGCAGAGGUCCAUUUCUACUUGAAAACAUACAGCACAAAAGAGGAUAUUGUCGAUUCGGUUAGAGGGUUGAGACACAAAGGAGGCAGACCCCUCAACACCGGGGCUGCCCUCCAAUACGUCAGAGAAUAUGUCUUUACAAACUCCUCCGGGAGUAGGCGCCUGCAGGGUGUUCCACAGAUGUUGAUCCUGCUAAAUGGUGGAAGGUCUUUUGACAAUGUAGACACCCCAGCCUCUGCUCUCAAACAGCAGGGCAUCAUUGUGCUUGGUAUUGGAACAAGGAACUCUGACAGUGGAGAGCUGAGGAAGAUAUCAUAUGACCCUAGUUACGCUCUAUCAGUGUCUGAGUUUACUGACCUCCCCAGUGUCCAAGAACAGCUCUCCUCUGUGAUGAGCACAGUGCUAGUGAGAGCUACGCCGGUAACACCAACAGAAACUGUGGAGAGACAACAACCAGGAAGAGAUGUUGUGUUCUUGUUGGAUGGAACUGAUAGUACAAGAAGUGGAUUCCCAGCCAUGCGAGACUUUGUCCAAAGAGUAGUAGAGAAACUCAGUGUGGACGACAACAAAGACCGUGUCUCAGUGGUGCAGUACAGCAGAGAUCCAGCUGUCAAUUUCUAUCUGAACACAUACACGACAAAAGGAGAAAUCCUUGACACAGUCAGAGGUUUGAAACACAAAGGUGGAAGACCCCUCAACACUGGAGCAGCUCUCCAGUACUUGAGGGAUAAUGUCUUUACAGCCUCUGCAGGAAGCAGGCGCCUAGAAGGAGUUCCACAGAUCCUGUUAUUGCUAAGUGGCGGAAAGUCUUUUGACAGUGUUGAUGCACCAGCCUCUGAUCUCAAACAGCUGGGUGUCUUGACCUUCGCGAUUGGAACCAGGAGCUCUGAUAGCAGAGAACUGGAAAAGAUAUCCCACGGUCCCAAUUUUGUUCUAUCUGUGUCUGAUUUCAAUGACCUUCCCAGUAUCCAACAGCAACUUCAGUCCUCGGUGGAGGCUGUGGUUAUAGACGUCACCCCACAAACCCCAACUGUACUUGUUGACACUGCCAAAAAGGACAUUGUGUUCCUUCUGGAUGGCUCUGAUAGCACAAGGAAUGGCUUCCCUGCCAUGCGUGAUUUUGUUGAGAGGGUGGUGGAGAAACUCAAUGUGGGAGAGAACAGAGACCGUGUCUCUGUAGUACAGUACAGCAAAGAUGCAGAGGUCCAUUUCUACUUGAAAACAUACAGCACAAAAGAGGAUAUUGUUGAUUCGGUUAGAGGGUUGAGACACAAAGGAGGCAGACCCCUCAACACCGGGGCUGCCCUCCAAUACGUCAGAGAAUAUGUCUUUACAAACUCCUCCGGGAGUAGGCGCCUGCAGGGUGUUCCACAGAUGUUGAUCCUGCUAAAUGGUGGAAGGUCUUUUGACAAUGUAGACACCCCAGCCUCUGCUCUCAAACAGCAGGGCAUCAUUGUGCUUGGUAUUGGAACAAGGAACUCUGACAGUGGAGAGCUGAGGAAGAUAUCAUAUGACCCUAGUUACGCUCUAUCAGUGUCUGAGUUUACUGACCUCCCCAGUGUCCAAGAACAGCUCUCCUCUCUGAUGAGCACAGUGCUAGUUAGAGCUACGCCGGUAACACCAACAGAAACUGUGGAGAGACAACAACCAGGAAGAGAUGUUGUGUUCUUGUUGGAUGGAACUGAUAGUACAAGAAGUGGAUUCCCAGCCAUGCGAGACUUUGUCCAAAGAGUAGUAGAGAAACUCAGUGUGGACAACAACAAAGACCGUGUCUCAGUGGUGCAGUACAGCAGAGAUCCAGCUGUCAAUUUCUAUCUGAACACAUACACGACAAAAGGAGAAAUCCUUGACACAGUCAGAGGUUUGAAACACAAAGGCGGAAGACCCCUCAACACUGGAGCAGCUCUCCAGUACUUGAGGGAUAAUGUCUUUACAGCCUCUGCUGGAAGCAGGCACCUAGAAGGAGUUCCACAGAUCCUGUUAUUGCUAAGUGGCGGAAAGUCUUUUGACAGUGUUGAUGCACCAGCCUCUGAUCUCAAACAGCUGGGUGUCUUGACCUUCGCGAUUGGAACCAGGAGCUCUGAUAGCAGAGAACUGGAAAAGAUAUCCCACGGUCCCAAUUUUGUUCUAUCUGUGUCUGAUUUCAAUGACCUUCCCAGUAUCCAACAGCAACUUCAGUCCUCGGUGGAGGCUGUGGUUAUAGACGUCACCCCACAAACCCCAACUGUACUUGUUGACACUGCCAAAAAGGACAUUGUGUUCCUUCUGGAUGGCUCUGAUAGCACAAGGAAUGGCUUCCCUGCCAUGCGUGAUUUUGUUGAGAGGGUGGUGGAGAAACUCAAUGUGGGAGAGAACAGAGACCGUGUCUCUGUAGUACAGUACAGCAAAGAUGCAGAGGUCCAUUUCUACUUGAAAACAUACAGCACAAAAGAGGAUAUUGUUGAUUCGGUUAGAGGGUUGAGACACAAAGGAGGCAGACCCCUCAACACCGGGGCUGCCCUCCAAUACGUCAGAGAAUAUGUCUUUAUAAACUCCUCUGGGAGUAGGCGCCUGCAGGGUGUUCCACAGAUGUUGAUCCUGCUAAAUGGUGGAAGGUCUUUUGACAAUGUAGACACCCCAGCCUCUGCUCUCAAACAGCAGGGCAUCAUUGUGCUUGGUAUUGGAACAAGGAACUCUGACAGUGGAGAGCUGAGGAAGAUAUCAUAUGACCCUAGUUACGCUCUAUCAGUGUCUGAGUUUACUGACCUCCCCAGUGUCCAAGAACAGCUCUCCUCUGUGAUGAGCACAGUGCUAGUGAGAGCUACGCCGGUAACACCAACAGAAACUGUGGAGAGACAACAAUCAGGAAGAGAUGUUGUGUUCUUGUUGGAUGGAACUGAUAGUACAAGAAGUGGAUUCCCAGCCAUGCAAGACUUUGUCCAAAGAGUAGUAGAGAAACUCAGUGUGGACGACAACAAAGACCGUGUCUCAGUGGUGCAGUACAGCAGAGAUCCAGCUGUCAAUUUCUAUCUGAACACAUACACGACAAAAGGAGAAAUCCUUGACACAGUCAGAGGUUUGAAACACAAAGGUGGAAGACCCCUCAACACUGGAGCAGCUCUCCAGUACUUGAGGGAUAAUGUCUUUACAGCCUCUGCUGGAAGCAGGCGCCUAGAAGGAGUUCCACAGAUCCUGUUAUUGCUAAGUGGCGGAAAGUCUUUUGACAGUGUUGAUGCACCAGCCUCUGAUCUCAAACAGCUGGGUGUCUUGACCUUCGCAAUUGGAACCAGGAGCUCUGAUAGCAGAGAACUGGAAAAGAUAUCCCACGGUCCCAAUUUUGUUCUAUCUGUGUCUGAUUUCAAUGACCUUCCCAGUAUCCAACAGCAACUUCAGUCCUCGGUGGAGGCUGUGGUUAUAGACGUCACCCCACAAACCCCAACUGUACUUGUUGACACUGCCAAAAAGGACAUUGUGAUCCUUCUGGAUGGCUCUGAUAGCACAAGGAAUGGCUUCCCUGCCAUGCGUGAUUUUGUUGAGAGGGUGGUGGAGAAACUCAAUGUGGGAGAGAACAGAGACCGUGUCUCUGUAGUACAGUACAGCAAAGAUGCAGAGGUCCAUUUCUACUUGAAAACAUACAGCACAAAAGAGGAUAUUGUUGAUUCGGUUAGAGGGUUGAGACACAAAGGAGGCAGACCCCUCAACACCGGGGCUGCCCUCCAAUACGUCAGAGAAUAUGUCUUUACAAACUCCUCCGGGAGUAGGCGCCUGCAGGGUGUUCCACAGAUGUUGAUCCUGCUAAAUGGUGGAAGGUCUUUUGACAAUGUAGACACCCCAGCCUCUGCUCUCAAACAGCAGGGCAUCAUUGUGCUUGGUAUUGGAACAAGGAACUCUGACAGUGGAGAGCUGAGGAAGAUAUCAUAUGACCCUAGUUACGCUCUAUCAGUGUCUGAGUUUACUGACCUCCCCAGUGUCCAAGAACAGCUCUCCUCUGUGAUGAGCACAGUGCUAGUGAGAGCUACGCCGGUAACACCAACAGAAACUGUGGAGAGACAACAACCAGGAAGAGAUGUUGUGUUCUUGUUGGAUGGAACUGAUAGUACAAGAAGUGGAUUCCCAGCCAUGCAAGACUUUGUCCAAAGAGUAGUAGAGAAACUCAGUGUGGACGACAACAAAGACCGUGUCUCAGUGGUGCAGUACAGCAGAGAUCCAGCUGUCAAUUUCUAUCUGAACACAUACACGACAAAAGGAGAAAUCCUUGACACAGUCAGAGGUUUGAAACACAAAGGUGGAAGACCCCUCAACACUGGAGCAGCUCUCCAGUACUUGAGGGAUAAUGUCUUUACAGCCUCUGCUGGAAGCAGGCGCCUAGAAGGAGUUCCACAGAUCCUGUUAUUGCUAAGUGGCGGAAAGUCUUUUGACAGUGUUGAUGCACCAGCCUCUGAUCUCAAACAGCUGGGUGUCUUGACCUUCGCGAUUGGAACCAGGAGCUCUGAUAGCAGAGAACUGGAAAAGAUAUCCCACGGUCCCAAUUUUGUUCUGUCUGAGUCUGAUUUCACUGACCUUCCCAGUAUCCAACAGCAACUUCAGUCCUCGGUGGAGGCUGCUGUCAUUCAGCUCUCCCAAGAAACACUUGCUGAGACACAGGGACCCCGGAAGGAUGUCGUUUUCCUCGUUGAUGGAUCUGAUGGUGUUGGACUUGAAUUUCCCAUCAUCCAGGAGUUUAUCCGCAGGGUUGUUGGUACUCUCAAUGUGGGCGAAAACAAGAUCCGGAUUGGCGUGGUCCAGUAUGGUGACUUUGCCCAAGUUGACAUGUAUCUGAACACACAUAAAACCAAAGAAGGUGUUUUGAAUGCGGUCAAGGAAAUGAGGCAUCGAGGAGGAAGACAACGUAACCUGGGUCAGGCCUUGCAGUUUGUCAAUCAAGAUGCUCUGACACCUGCCCAUGGUAGCAGGAAGCAAGAGGGUGUACCACAGUUUGUUAUUGUCGUCUCAAGUGGGUCUUCCACAGAUGACAUCAAUGUUGCAGCAUCUUCCCUCAAACAAUCCAGAGUUCUUCCCUUCUCCAUUGGGACCAGGGAUGUCAACCCUACAGAGCUUCAGGUGGUGUCAUACGUGCCUAACUUUGCCUUCAGUGUAGAUGAUCUGCCUGGCCUGUACACAGUCCAAGAAAACUUAAUCACCACACUCACUGAGCUGUCAGAUGAUGACAUCAACAGUUUGCGUCCAGUAUUCCCAACCAUUGAAGCAGUGAUCGAACCACAGCUCACAGGAGGAGAAAAGAGGGAUGUCGUGUUUCUGAUUGAUGGCACAACAGCAGUGCGUAGUGAGUUCCCUUCCAUCCGUGAAAUGAUUGGAAGAGUUGUGGAGAAGCUGGAUGUAGGAUUGGAUAAGGUCCGAAUUUCAGUGGUACAGUACAGUGAUGAUCCGAAGCCCGAAUUUCUUCUGAAUGAAUUCUCUACCAAAGAUGAGGUACGACAGGCUGUGACGAAACUGCGAACCAAAGGUGGAAACCGUCUUAACACAGGUCGUGCUCUUGAGUAUGUCCACAGAAAUAUCUACCAGAGAUCAGCGGGUAGCCGCAUCGAGGAUGGUGUGCCUCAGUUCCUGAUUCUAGUUACAGGUGGCAAAUCUUCUGAUGAUGUAUCCACUGCAGCUGACCAACUUAAAAGAAGCCAGGUUGCACCUCUUGCAAUUGGUUCAAGGAAUGCAGACCCUGAUGAACUGAAACAGAUUUCCCUGAGGCCUGAUCUGGCAUACACAGUUGACAGUUUCCAGCAGCUUCCAAGUGUGGAGCCACAGGUCAUUAAUUCAGUGAAAACAAUAUCCACCACUGACAUCAUCAACAGUUAUGUUCCUCCCCAAGUGGACUUGGGCCCAACCCUAAAUCUUGGGAGAAAGGACAUCAUCUUCCUUAUUGAUGGCUCAGACAAUACAGGUGCUGCUGGAAUUGCACAUAUCCGUGACUUCAUCUUCAACAUUGUCCAACAACUCGAUGUGCAGCCUGAUCAAGUGCGUGUUGCUGUUGUCCAGUAUGCAGACAGAGUAAAUACAGAGUUCUCACUCAAUUCUCACAACAACAAGCCAGCUGUUGUUUCUGCUGUUAAAAGACUUCGUCAGAUGGGUGGCCGGUCAUCAAAUCUGGCUGAUGCCAUUGAAUACGUCAUAAAUAAUGAGUUAAAGGCCGCUACUGGUGCUCGUCCUGCAGCCUCCCAGCAUCUUGUGGUUCUCACAGGUGGACGUUCCCGCCAAGAUGUUGCUCUUUAUGGACCUCUGCUUAAGAGCUCCCGGGUCAACUGCAUUGGUGUUGGAGCAGCUGGUGCUGACAGAAAACAGCUAAGCCAAAUUGCCACCACCUCAUCUGAUGUCCUUCAGGUUUCUAACUUCCCUGGCCUAUCUUCAAUCCAGCAGGAGGUUAUUGACAGGCUGAGAACCAGCGCUGAUGACUUACCCACAGAUUAUCCAAUAUCAACAGGCAUGCCAUCCAAAAAGGCUGAUAUAGUGUUUUUGGUGGAUGGCUCCAUUAACUUGGGAAGGGACAACUUCAAUGAAGUGAUGAUGUUUAUCACCAACCUAAUUGAUCUGUUCUACAAUGAGCAAGACAACCUUCAGAUCGGCUUGGCACAUUAUACCACAGAUGUUACUGAUGUAUUCUACCUCAACACAUACAAGAACAAGCAAGACAUUGUAAGUGCCAUUGGCCGAGUAGAAUACAAAGGUGGACGUAGAAUCAACACUGGUGCAGCCAUUCGCCACAUUCAAGAUGUUUACUUUACCAAAGAAAAAGGCAGUAGGAUGGAUGAUGGCACUCCUCAGAUCCUUAUGGUUCUCACUGGAGGACGUUCAGCUGAUGAUGGAAAAACAGCAGCUCUUGGUUUGAAGAAUAAAGGUGUGAGAGUCUUUGCUGUAGGAGUGGGCGACAUUGAGGGUGAAUUAGAAGACCUAGCAAGCGAGUCCUCCACUGUGGCUAGAGCAAGCACCUAUCUGGAACUUUCCGAGCUGAAUGAGCAAAUCCUGGAGACUUUGGAUGAUGAAGUGAAAGGGAAGUUGUGUGUUGGUGUGCCAGAAUCUACUAAAACCUGCAGCAUAGAAGUGUUGGUGGGUUUUGAUGUUUCUGAACAAGACAUCUUCAGUGCUCAGACCAACCUCCAGAGGAGGAUGGAAGCCAUUCUGAAGAGGAUUUCCAAAAUGGCAGCUAUCAGUUGCUCAUCUGGGCAGAUUCCGUCUGUCCAAGUGGGCAUGCUGGCCAUGGACUCUAACUCUAAUCCUGUUCAGCUGGACUUUACAGAAAAUGAUCAAGUUCUCUUUGAGGCCUUCAAAGCCCUACAGAUGCGUGGCCCCUUUGUCCUAAAUGGAAAGACCAUCUCAGCUUACAUCGAUAGGUUCAAAACCAGACAGAAAAGCGUUGUCAAGGUUGUUGUUCAUCUGACUGAUGGUAUUGACGCCCAAUACGCUGAAUUGAAAAAAGGAGUUGAGGAGCUUCAGCAAUCAGGAGUGAACAGUUUCAUUCUGGUUGGGCUCGAGCGGGUGCCCAAAUUUGAGGAGGCUUUGCUGCUGGAAUUUGGUCGCGGAUUUAGGUACACCAGACCCUUAAGAGUCAAUGUCAUGGAAUUGGACUAUGAGCUGAUGGAAGAACUGGACAAUAUUGCAGAGAGAGAGUGCUGUGCAGUGCCGUGCAAAUGUACCGGCACCAGAGGAGACCGAGGAGCAGUUGGACUUCCAGGAACAAAGGGUGGUCCGGGAUUAACAGGAAGCCAAGGACAUCCUGGAGAUGAGGGAGGACCUGGAGAGAGAGGUCCUCCUGGUGUGAAUGGAACUCAGGGUUUCCAGGGAUGUCCUGGACAAAGGGGUGUCAAGGGUUCUCGUGGCUACUCAGGAGAAAAGGGUGAAUUUGGAGAAAUUGGGCUUGAUGGCAUUAAUGGAGAAGAGGGCAAAAGUGGAGUGGCUGGACUCUCCGGAGACAGUGGAAACCCUGGCAUGAGAGGUCCCAAAGGCCUCAAAGGACAAAGUGGAGGCAUAGGAGAUCAGGGAAUCCGAGGAGACCCCGGUACAAGUGGACAAGAUAACACCCGUGCAGGACCUAAAGGAGACCCCGGUGAUGCAGGACCAGCGGGAGAGCCUGGUGAGGAUGGAAAGAAGGGUGGCCCCGGUGAACUUGGAAGAGGGGGACCUAAUGGCAGAAGAGGCCCACCUGGACAAGCUGGAAAUCCCGGAAAGCCUGGAGUGGAGGGUGUUCAGGGAGAAGCUGGUAUUGGAGGAUCUAGAGGUCCCUCUGGACCGAUAGGUGCACCAGGACCCAGAGGAGAAGAUGGAAAUCCUGGACCCAGGGGUCCCGGAGGUAUCCCAGGUACGGCUGGAGAAAAGGGGAGAAGAGCAGCUCUUGGUCGCAAGGGGGAGCCAGGAGACCCUGGACCUAAGGGUGGUGUUGGACCUCUUGGUCCCCGUGGAGAGUCUGGUGAAGACGGCAGAGACGGGUUUGGCGUUGCAGGUUCUCCAGGAAGAAAGGGUGAUGAGGGCUUCCCAGGAUUCUCAGGACAAAAGGCAGCAGCUGGUGACCCCGGCACAAAGGGCGGCCCUGGACCCAUAGGCAAUCUUGGCCAGAGGGGUGUCUCUGGGAAUAUAGGAACACCCGGACAGAAGGGAGAGGUCGGACAUCCUGGGCCAUAUGGUCAGAAAGGACCGAGGGGACCAGGUGUUGUGCAAUGUGACCUGGUUAAGAAAAUCAGAGAAAACUGCCCUUGCUGUUAUGGUCAGCAGGAGUGCCCGCUCUACCCCACUGAGCUGGCCUUUGUCCUGGAUAUCUCCGUGGGCGUUGGCGACCCAGUCUUCAACAACAUGCGUGACACAGUCCUGCGCCUGGUCCGGGACAUCACCAUCUCUGAGAGUAACUGUCCCAGAGGGGCUCGUGUGGCUGUCACCAUGUACAACGAUGAGGUGACCACUGAGGUCCGCUUUGCCGAUGCAAUGAAGAAACGUGCGCUGCUGCAGCACAUCGAGGGGCUGCACACCCUGAAGACCCGAAAGCAGCGCAGCUUGGACACCGCCAUGAGCUUUGUGGCCCAGAACACCUUCAAGAGAGUGCGCAGCGGCUUCCUCAUGAGGAAGGUGGCCAUCUUCUUCGUGGGCGGGGCCGUCGGCAAAGCGCAGGAGAUUACUAAUGCAGCUCUCCGCCUCCAUGAUGCUGGCAUCUCCGCACUGUUCUUAGUCAACCGUGAGGACAAAGCUCUCGGCAGGGCACUGCAGGUGAACAACACAGCCCUGGCUCAGGUCCUCGUGCUGCCUGGCCCUGGAAGUGCUCAGUACAAUUCAGUCCUCCAGAAGGUGAUGAACUGCCAUGUCUGCUUCGACUUCUGCUCUCCGGACCAGAUGUGUGACUAUGUGCCCCCGUCAGCUAGCCGAGACAGGAGGUCUUCAACCACCGACGAGGACAUCGACAUGGCUUUCGUCAUGGACAGCUCGGAGACAACUUACCCAACUGUCUUUACUGAAAUAAAACGCUACAUCGCGUCCAUCGUUGAGCAGCUCCAAGUGUCUUCAAAUCCCACAACAUCCGCUCACCACCCCAGAGUGUCUGUGAUCCAGCAAGCCCCUUACGAGUUCCUCAUCAACAAAACUGGCUCUCCAAUCCGUGUUGACAUCGGUUUGACCGAGUACAGCUCAGCUCAGGAUAUAGUCAAAUUCCUGCUGGAGAAGACGCCACAGCUAGAGGGUGGCCGGGCGCUGGCGGCGGCUAUUGAAUCGACCGUGGAGCAGGUGUUUGAAGUGGCGCCUCUCCAACGUCCCAGGAAAGUGCUGCUGCUCUUUGUGACAGGAAGUGUGGAAGGAGAAGAGGAGCAGCUGGUGCGUAUUGCCACUGAGAUCAAGUGCAGAGGCUACUUCCUGGUGAUCCUGGGUGUGGGCAAGACUCUGAGCGCUGGGGACGCUCGUGUAUUGUCACGCAUGGCCAGUGAGCCGUCAGAUGUGUUCUUUAAGCGGCUGGACACCAUCUCACAAUUUUACGACAAACACAUGCAGACCUUCGGCCAGCUGCUGCCAAAGUACAUCAGCAUUGAAAAUGCUUUCUACAUGUCCCCUGAAGUCUCCAAAAACUGCAAGUGGUUCCAGAGUGACCAGGCCCUGAAAAACCCCUUUUCUUCAUCACACCAACAGGAGGAAUAUCACAAACAUCAUGAAAACCAACAGACAGUUCAUCAAAGAAAGCACACUGAGUCAGAUGAGCUCCACGUCUCUAACGUGACCUCCAGCAGCCUCAAGCUGCGUUGGACCAACCCGGACUCCAAGCUCUUUGUGUACUUCGAGGUGAUGGUGACCCGGCUGCACGACCACGCCCUGGUGCUGAAGACCAACGUGUCGGGCACAGAGCUCUCCGUGGACAACCUGCAGAGCGCUCAGACAUACCACGCUGUGGUCACCGCCCACACUGCAGAGGGACAGGCCGUCUCCACCCGCAAAGGCAUCAUGACUACGAAAGCAGCAGAGCAUAAGCCAUCCAGCCGGAGCAGCAGCCCUGUGAACACUACACCGCUGGACAGACCACAAACUGUUAAUGAAUUUGCAGACCAAUGCUCACUUGACUAUGACCCUGGAAUGCCGUGCAAAGACUAUCAGGCUAAGUGGUUCUUUGACAGAAAGAACGGGAUCUGUACACAGUUCUGGUAUGGAGGUUGUGGAGGCAAUGACAAUAGGUUCGACACUGAGGCCCUCUGCUUGAAAAACUGCAUGAGGUCAGUGCCAGAGCCGGAGCCACGCGUGCAGCAGGUUGAACAGGUGGAGGUCCUCCUGGAUCCUGCCGUCUCUACAGCUGUGGACAUUUGCCAGCUUUCCAAAGAGGAAGGAACUUGUGCCAAGUUUGUCCUGAAGUGGCACUUCGAUGCCAACAGUAAGAGCUGCACGCGCUUCUGGUAUGGAGGCUGUGGUGGGAACCAGAAUCGCUUCGACACGCAUCAGGAGUGUGUGAACGCUUGUGGAAAACCAGCACCCCUCAAACAAGGAGUCCUCGCUGCGAUGAGAACAUAGGACACAGCUUCCUCCAAACCAUCCAAAAUGGCCAUACUGUAAGGAUGCAAAGCCAAAGCAAGGGUUGCUUCACUGGAUUCCACAAAAAAUGACUUUAUCCCCCAAAUUCUUGAAGUAUUUUUUUAACAACAAGAAGGAAGCAACACGAUUUGCUGCAUGAUUUGUUUUAACCUACUGGUGCUAUGUAGUAUGUUUGUUUUACCGAUUCAUGAAGUGCAUUUUGAAACAAUGGCAUCAUAAGAGUUUUUUAAAUCACUUUGAUAAUUAAGAAAGAAACUAUGACAUUUUUGGACAGAAAUUAGUUAUAACUGAGUAGAUGCAGGACUGGCAUUAUUCAAUGCAGUAUCCUUUUUAUGUGUUUUUUAUAUUCCACAUUCACAUAGCAACAUUGGCUUUUAUUGACUCUUAUGUUUUAAAACUCACUUGAUCCCUGUGGAAUCAUAGCUUCACGAUUUUACAGCCACACAAUCCACAGUAAUGUUUAGUCUCAUGUGUGUAUAUAAAUGACAAUGACCAAACAUAAUGAAAUGUUAAGUGCACUUCUGGAUCCACUGCCUCAAACACACAAGUUCCAGCUAUUGAGAAAUGGAAUGUACUUGUCAAGCUGUUUUUAUUUGUGUUUCAUUUGAUUUUAACUGAAAUGUGUGUUUUAUCUGGGUAUAGGGGAAAUAAACACGAAAUAGACUUUCUAAUAAACAUGAGCAACUCA